GUGAGGGGGGCAGCAAGGGCCUCGGUCUCCACCCUGUCUGCUUCAUGAGCAUAUUGAUCAGAGAACUCCACCAUGUGCAUUUGUUGCAGUUGAGCGUAAAGAUCCAUCACUGCGGGUGUCGGAGCCAGAGGAUCCUGGGGGAGCUCUACAGGCCAAGCGGGAGCGUUUCGGAUGGGCAACGUCCCCACCUCAGUGAAGCACUGCCUGAGCUAUGAACAACUCAUCCAGGAUUAUCCGUGGCUAGGAAGCCGGCUGCAGGAGGAGAAGUGCACUUUAACACGUGAAUAUCCAGAGUAUGUUAAAAUGAUUGAAGUUGGACCAAGAGACGGACUUCAAAAUGAAAAGGAAAUGGUUCCGACAAGAGUCAAAAUCCAGCUGAUAAACAUGCUCUCGGAAACAGGCCUGCCUGUGAUCGAGGCCACCAGCUUUGUGUCUUCAAAGUGGGUACCACAGAUGGCGGACCACACUGAAGUGCUUCAAGCCAUCCACAGAUCUUCUCAUGCUCGUUAUCCUGUACUGACACCCAACAUGCACGGCUUUCAGGAUGCUGUUGCAGCUGGUGCUACUGAAGUGGCCGUGUUUGGGUCUGCCUCUGAGACCUUCAGUCAGAAAAAUAUCAAUUGCUCUAUUGAUGCCAGCAUGCUGAGGUUCGAGGAAGUCAUUUGCACUGCUAAACAACAACAGAUUCCAGUCCGUGGAUAUGUUUCUUGUGCACUAGGAUGUCCAUAUGAGGGACCCAUUGAACCCACUAAAGUUGCAGAGGUGGUAAAGCGGUUGUAUGAACUGGGCUGCUACGAGGUGUCUCUGGGGGACACUAUUGGCGUGGGCACCCCAGGCUCCAUGGCCAAGAUGCUGCACUACGUCAUGAAAGAGGUACCCAGCAGCGCUCUGGCCGUUCACUGCCACGACACCUACGGCCAGGCUCUGGCCAACAUCCUAACUGCACUGCAGAUGGGGAUUUGUGCGGUGGACUCAUCUGUAGCAGGUCUGGGCGGGUGCCCAUAUGCCCAGGGAGCCUCUGGUAACGUGUCAACAGAAGAUGUUCUCUAUAUGCUCCAUGGCAUGGGCAUUAAAACUGGAGUCGAUCUCUCCAAGGUAAUAGAGGCAGGUGAUUUCAUCUGCAAAGCCUUAAAUCGCAAGACCAACUCCAAGGUAGCCCAAGCAAGAAGCAAGUCCUCGUGAUUAAUCUGUGCAUUGAUACAAGAAGAAGAUAAAGACCUUUCCCUUUAGCACAGUGUUUUGUCGUGUUGAUGCUGCAUAUAGAUAGCCCAUGAUUCUAUACAAAGUGCAAUAUACAUACUUUUUUUAAACCACAAUUGAUGGCCAUUUAGCAGAGGCACUUUAUUAAAACGUUGUUGGACAAGGCCUACUUAAAUUCAAGAAAUAACGGAACUUUUUUAACCAAAAAACCUCUUCCAGUCAUCACGUAUAGUCUGUCUGGUAGGAGGUGAAAGAUAGAGAUGACUCCUCACUAAGUUGUGAAAGUUAUUCAUGGUGUUUCUGUGGGGGUCUCUUCCUAUUCAUUUCCAGCUCAGCAGGAGAGUCCUGCUGGGUUUUAAACCAGUCGAUCAUUGUCUCCCUCAAAAUGUAUUUUUCUCCCUCAAAAUGUAUUUUCAAGUCCUUUGCUCUAUUAACAUGGAAGUCUGUCUGUCUCCACAUGUAAAAUAUUGAUUUGUUUUUUCUCUCUUCAAAGCAAAUGUUAUUUGUCAGGUGCCAAAUACAACCGAUAUAGACUUUACAGUGAAAUGCUUGCUUACGAGCCCUUCACAACGAUGCAGAGUAAAACAAAUAAUAGUAACACAAUUCAUCCUCACCAGUGCAUGACCCCAUUCGAAACCAUAUAGAUGGUUGCGACUAUUCAUUUGAUUCUGUAGAGUUAAAAGCACAGUAGGCCGCAGCUUUAUGUUGACCUAUUGUAUGUGCAAUAGUCAGAGGGGCCAAAUGUAUUUGACCUGGAGAAGCCUCUUAACCGUUUAUUUUACUUGAAGUAGGCGUUCUGAACAUACAUCUCUAAGAACACCGAACAAUAUCAUGAACUUUGUUGUAUAAUAAAGUAUCUAACCUCCCUUCCACUAGACUGUACUCCUUUUUAAACAAUAUACACAAGUAAAUUAUUUUAUUAAUUUGCAUUUCAAUAGUAAUGAAUUCAGUUCAAUGUGAAGUAUUAUGUGAC